AUGGUACAUGUGAAGCUGAAGAUUGCGCCACCGCAUUUGGCAGCAACUGAAAUCUCGGAGCGGCGGGUAUUUCUGUUGAAUUCAGUGGCUGUAGCUCUUGCUCUUGAAUUUGUAUCGAUACUGGCACAGGAACGGCCAGUUGUGGCACUGGUGCAUCAUUUUGCGCGCUGUGGGACUAGAAAUGAGCGGGCCGUGAUAGCGAAUCCAGCAGACACUGGAAGCUUGGAAGCUUGGAUUUCUGAUCCGCUGGUUGCGGUCCUUGCCAGCUUUGAAGCGUUGAUGGUACCAUUCCCGGGAAACAAGAGGCGAAAGAGGAAAACUGAGGCACCACUGGAACAAGGCGUGCGUCUUGGACCUGAAUAA